AUGGCAGCCGCCAGGAUGACUGUCCUUUGUGCUGCCACCGUGGGAAUAACAGUCUUAUUACUUGUCAGCCAUAUUGACAGCAAAGCUAAUUUUGUUCAGAUUAACUUGAAUGCCAAGUGGAAUUCUACUCCUUUAUUUAUGGAAGCCAGUGAGUAUUUAUCAAAAGAAAAUGAAGACUACUUCUGGGGUUUUGUCGAAGCCAUCACCCAGAGGAAUGCAGACAGACUUAAAGAAGAAUCUGAUCAAUCCUUAUACAAUCUUCUACUGGAAUUGGCAGCCAAAUACCUGUCGACUUUGCAACUUAACAUGCUCAAAUUAUCUUUGUCCCUUCGUGUUCACUCGCCAGAGGUGGAAAUGCACGACCAGAUGGCCAAGGAGGAUAAGUUAGCAAUGUCAUCUGGUGAAAAAAAGUGGACAAAUUGUGAAGCGUUUGUGAAUGUUCAUGGAGCUAUGACCUGUGACAUCAAAGAAAUUGACACACUCAUCAAAUCUGCUUCUACAAGAUCCAAAGCUCCAACAUACACAUUUGACCACAGAUUUCCUAGCAGUGCACAAACUGAUGUGUUGGUCAUUCUCUAUGCCAGACUUGGAACAGCUGCAUCACAAACAUUCCAUAAAAAACUCAAGCAGUUGACCAUUAAUAAAGAAAUUGAUUAUGUUUUCCGGCAUUUCAUUCCGAAUCCUGCUCCUCAGCAAGUGCGUUUAUCUGGCUAUGGUGUAGAAUUAGCUAUUAAAAGCACCGAGUACAAAGCCAAAGAUGACACCAAGGUUGAAGGUGAUAAAGCCCAAUCUUCUGAUGAAGAUGAAAAUUGGGAGAAAGAAAUUCAGGGAUUUGAUUUCCAUAAGCUAAAGGAACUUCAUCCUCAAUUGAAACCACAAUUACGUGAAUUUCACAAUUACCUCAUGGAUACAGCCACUGAACUUACACCUUUAAAAGUCUGGCAGUUACAAGAUUUGAGUUUGCAAGCUGCUACAAAAGCACUUUCUGCUCCUCCAGAUGAAGCUCUAAAUGUCCUGGAGACUAUCAGUCAAAAUUUCCCAGUCCAGGCCAGGUCCCUUGUAAGAACAACAGUACCAGAAGAAAUCCGAAAAGAAAUCGUGAAAAACCAGAAGCACUUUGAGAAUUACCACAACUUGUCACCUGGAGAAUGUGCCAUGUACUUGAACGGCAUUCCCAUUGAUAUUGAGGUUUAUGAUGUCUAUACUUUAUUGGACACAAUGAAAUCAGAAGCUGCUGUCAUGGAAGGGCUCUUCUCUCUGGGGGUUAAGGAAGAAAGCCUAAAUAAAUUAGUGAAGAUGGACCUGAAAAAUAAUGUGGAAGACUAUGUUCUUGAUUUCCGUCAUUCUGCUAUUGAGUAUAUUAAUGAUUUGGAAAAAGAUGCAAAGUACAGAAGAUGGCCCAGCAGUGUCCAGGAAAUGCUUCGACCCACUUUUCCAGGGAUGCUGAGACAUAUUGGCAAAAAUAUUUUCCAUAUGGUAUUUGUAUUAGAUCCUGCACAUCCCCAAAGCAGGGAUCUAUUAAAAAUAGCCGAGGCAUUUUAUGUGCAUAGUGCCCCUGUCAGGAUUGGAAUUGUAUUUGCUGUUAAUGCUAGUAAAGAAUUGGAUGGGCGAAUGGAUCCUGGAGUGGCCAUGGCCAGGACUUUCCAGUACAUUAAGGCUGAUCAGGAUCCAGCAUCAGCUCUGUCUUUUAUCACAGAUCUGUAUGAAAAAGGAAAGACCGAAGAAAUUACUUCAGAAUUUAUAAUACGCGAGUUUAGUUCUCGUUUCACAGAUGAAGACAUUGACAAGCUAUUUGGCGAUGAUGAUGACUAUGAUGAUUUAAGGAAGUUUGCUGCAGAUUUUGUGAAAAGGUCUGGCCUAAGUGAUUUCCCCCAGGUAUUAGUUAAUGGUGUACCUCUCAAGAAAAAAUAUCUAAAUGCUGAUAUGCUGGAAGAAGCUAUUGUCUCAGAAAUAUUACAUGGCACACAUGAAAUUCAGAGAGCUGUCUAUCAUGGUGAACUGACUGAUAAUAUGAAUAUGUUGGAUUGGCUGAUGGAGAAGGAAAAUGUACUGCCACGGAUCAAUUCUCGGAUUCUUUCUUCCCCUCUUAUGUACCUAGAUCUAACCGAAAAUGUUGAUAAAGAAAUCUAUUCUGAUUCAGAGGCUUUUUCGUCCCUUAGUGUAAAAGCCAUGUCAUCUGUGAUGGCCCAAAAUAUGCACUAUUUGGCACGAAAAGACGAUUCUUCUCUUCGUGCUGUUUCCAUUUGGAUUGUUGCUGAUGUUGAAUCUCCAAAAGGAAGAGAAUUAGUUUACACUGCCAUUAAAAAUUUGAGAUUUUCCAAUCAUAUGCGUGUUGGUAUAAUUUUCAAUCCACUCCACUUGGACAAAGAUAACUUCAUCAGUCGAGCUGUAUACAUUGCCAUGUCAACCCUUACAGGAAAUAUGGCAAAGAAUUUUGUAACUAAACUUGUCAAAGAAGAAUACGUCAAAAAUUUAAAAGCUGGUACUAAAACAUUAAAGGAUUUGGAAGUCAAUGGGAUGGAUAUUGACCAAUACAUAGCCACUCUGGACAAAGAAGAUGGCAGUUUCUUGAAAUCUCAUUCUUCCUUUGUCAGCCGUGUCUUACAGUUGAGUCCUGGUGUGCAAGCUGUGAUUGGCAAUGGAAAGGUCAUUGGACCAUUGGGCACAGAUGAGCAGUUUAUUCAAGAAGAUUUUUCUCUCCUGGAAAAACACUUGAUGCAGACAGCUGCCAAGAAAAUCCAGGCCCAUGUUGAAACUAUGAAAUUCCAAGGCCAACCAGCCAGUGAUUUGGUAAUGAAGAUUUCUUCACUUCUGUCCGCCAAAUCUUUAUCCAAGAGUAGAAAAGAGAUCAAUUAUCAUUCAGAUACUCACAGUGUGGUGAAAAUCCCAGCCAACCCCCUUGCACCUUCAUUUGAAAUGGAGAUCAUAAUGGACCCAGCUUCACGAGAAGCACAAAAACUUGUGCCCAUCUUGAUUACUCUUAAAGAAGUUGCCAAUAUAAAUAUUAAGAUAUUUAUGAAUUGCAAAGAUAAACUGUCUGAGUUGCCACUGACCAACUUUUAUCGGUAUGUGUUAGAACCUGAUCUCAACUUCAAUGCUGAUGGCAGUGCAAGCCCUGGACCCUUGGCUCGGUUUGAAAACUUGCCUCAGAAGUCCUUACUCACACUGAAUAUGCAUCCACCAGAAAGUUGGUUGGUGGAAUCUGUGAAAUCACUGUACGACUUGGACAAUAUCAUGCUUGAAGAGGCCAAAAAUGGAGUUUCUGCUGAUUUUGAAUUGGAAUACCUCUUGCUGGAAGGUCAUUGUCAUGAUUCCAGUUCUGGUCAGCCUCCUCGCGGCUUGCAAUUCACUCUUGGCACAAACAGUACACCUGUCCUUGUAGACACAAUUGUCAUGGCUAAUCUUGGCUACUUCCAGCUGAAAGCUUACCCUGGUGUGUGGCUCUUGCGUUUGAGAGAAGGACGCUCACGAGAUAUUUAUGAAAUUUUGAGCCAUGAAAUGACAGAUACCCCAGAAAAUUCCAAAGAUGUAAUUGUGGCUAUCAGCAGCUUCAAGAGCAAAACUAUCCGCAUUAAAGUUGGUAAAAAGAGUGACAAGUUACCUGAGGAAUUAUUAAAGGAUGAUGAUGAUGACGAUGAUGAAAGUAUGGGAAUCUGGGAUUCUAUUUCCAGUUCAUUUGGAGGUGGUAAGAAAGAAAAGAAAGAAGACAAGGACUCAACCCUGAAUAUUUUCUCUUUAGCUUCAGGACAUCUCUACGAGAGAUUCCUCAGGAUUAUGAUGUUGAGUGUACUGAAGAACACAAAAUCAAAAGUAAAGUUUUGGUUCUUAAAGAAUUAUCUUUCACCAACAUUCAAGGAUUUUAUUCCCUACAUGGCCCAGGAGUAUGGCUUUGAAUAUGAACUUGUCCAGUACAAAUGGCCACGUUGGCUCAAUCAACAAAAAGAAAAACAGAGAGUUAUAUGGGGGUACAAAAUUUUAUUCUUAGAUGUUUUAUUUCCACUUGAUGUAAAGAAAAUCCUAUUUGUUGAUGCUGACCAGAGCUUGUUUCCAAUGCCUAAGUUCGCACCACCCUUUCUGUAUAUGACCAAGAAAUGGGUGUACCAAAAGGGAGCAUUGUUUUUAUCUAUUUUUACACCUGUCAGGUAG